AUGGCUCUUAUGCGAACAUCUCAAGGAACCUCCUCUGAUUCCAACACUUCUCGGGGUUGUCGCUACGACGAGUUCUUGAUCUUCAGAGGCGAAGACACUCGCAAGACUUUUACCGACCACCUUUACACAGCCUUGAACAAUGCAGGAUUUCUCACGUUCAGAGACGACGAUGAACUUGAGAGAGGAGAAGAUAUGAAACCGGAACUGCAAAAAGCUAUCCAGCUGUCACGAACUUAUGUUGUCAUGUUUUCGAAAGAUUACGCGUCGUCCAGAUGGUGCCUUGAUGAGCUUGUGGUGAUCCUUGAACGCAAGAGGACCACCUCAGACCAUGUUGUUUUACCAGUCUUCUACGAUGUCGAUCCGUCUUACGUGAGGAAGCAGACGGGAAGUAUUGAGAAAACAUUUGCUAGAAACGAGAAAACUCAGUAG